UUGAGUUUGACGUUAAUUUGACAGAAGUACGAAGAAAGAAAAUUGCAGAGACGAAAAUUUCGGGUUAAAAAUGGCAUAUUAUUUACAAAGGGCGGUGACUUCUUAUGUUAGGAACAACGUACGUCUAGCUUCUCACGCUGCAACCGCUGGGGGUCAUGGAGGCGGCUGGAAGCUCUGGAAGAGGUUGUCCAUCUUCGUUGCAGGGCCAGCAAUUGGGUUGGGUAUGGUGAACGCGUAUUUAGCUCACCAAGAAGCACCUCAUGAGCGACCAGAGUUUAUUGCCUACGAUUACUUGCGCAUUCGCACUAAGCGUUUUCCAUGGGGUGAUGGCCAAAAGUCUCUCUUCCACAACCCACAUGUCAACCCUCUCCCCAGUGGCUAUGAAGAUCAUUAAUUAUUUCAUCUGCCAGCAUGUUAAAAUAUGUAUUUAGAAAGUCUGUGUUAAGUAUGUACCUAAUUUAAUAAAAGUUUCAAACAGC